AUGACCUACACAACUAACAAUAUUCUCAUGCCACAUCGGCCGUCGCGUGGUGCCAUCAGCCGGGUCGCCUUACUUGCUGCAUACAGCAGGGCGGGUAAGCGAAAACAUGCUACUGCUGACGCCUCCCUUCUUACACUUUCACGUUUUCCGUCUUCCACCCUCCCCCGCCCAAAUUUGAAUACUUUAUCCGCAGGUCCCAGCUCUAGGACUGACCGUUUUGCUCGCCCUGCAUCACACUCAGCUGCAGCUUCUGCACGUCCGAGUUCAGUUAAAACCCUAAACACUUCGAAGUCCGUUUUCAAACCCCGAAAGCCUGUCUACUUAGCCACCUUCAGUGUUCGCAUACUGAAGCAAGCAGGUCAACAGGUGGCUCUUGCGCGUGCGCUGGACUCCCUCUGUAUUGAUGUAUGUUGUCUGUCAGAAACAAGGACGCAGGACGCAAGUACUGUAAUCGAACUGACUGCCCCCUCGCUCCCUUCCAGGUUCCGACUGCGCACCUCUGGUGAUUCAGAGGCCGCUGCAGCUGGAUAUGCUGGGGUGGGUAUUGUAUUGAGCGAACGAGCGGAAGCGUCUCUGCUUGAUUGGAUACCCGUUGACAGUCGUCUCUGUGCGGUUCCUUUGGCAGCAUCUGUGAGAGAAUCUAGAGGAAACACCGGUAUGACCGUCAGCUCAUCCGUGGACUCUGCACACGCAGGCAUUUCUCAGUCCGUUAUUGAAUACCCGCGACUGUCGUUGACUCUCCGACGUUUCAGCUCUUUGGCUGGUGCCGAAACCUCUGCUUCUGUGUGUUGUAGUUUGGAAGAAAAAUUGGUCGAACUAUCCAGCGGAGUACUUCCAAAGGCCACGAACUUUUGCAAUCACAUCCUGAAUAUAUUACCCAAAGAUUUACGUCUGGAUGUUCGAAAAACCGUUAGCGAUGCUUUUAGAAAAUACGUGGACUGCUGUUUGUCCUUAGUUGGUCAGGAUACCGUUGAUCCUGGCGAAACUGCCAGAUUUGCUUCCGUUUUAUUUUUCGCAUAUCUCGGUCCAAGCUUGCUCGAAUUGCACGACCGUGGUGUAUUACCAGCAGAUUUCUCACGUCAUUCUAUGAUUCGAAAUAACCAAUCGUCACUCCUUGAAAAGUUGGGCGGUUCUGGUGCGACAGACAGCCAAAAGGCGUGGGCUUCAUUGUGUAUUUCUUUGGGCAUCUUUUUGACCAACCGUGUAUGGGAUUCAGUCAGAGAUGAACUAACUUCACUAAUGCGUAGAUGUCGGGUUGCUGUCGAGGCAGACUCCUGGAUUUCUCUAUUUACCCUCGAAACCCCACCAACCAAUCAAUUUGUGACAUCUCCUGUGGUGGACUUUGAGCUUGCCUGGGACGCAGCUCGAAUUUCUCGAAAUGAACGAGCACGGGCAUCUUCCAUAUUAUUUCACACAUUGUUCUCAUGCGCAAAACACAAUACACAAAACAGACCGGAUAAAACAGGAAUAGAAACUGAGUCAGCUGCCGCCGAGGUUCUGAGCCCGACCUUGGUUGUGACUUUUGAUUUUACUGGUGAUUUUAGGCUUGCUGUUUCACAAUCGUUGCUUGGCAAAAAACCCACCGAGGCUGUCGAUGUGACCGCUCUGAUAGAGGAACUCACAAUGCCGUGUACAGCUUUGGAAAUGUCGACUGAUCAGCUGUUAGAUAUACUCCUUGAGCUGCUCAAGUCCUCUCGUUCAGAUGAUGAAAUUCAAAAUGAAGUGUCAGACGAACGGAGCGGUGAAAGUUUUGUGAAUCGUUUAAUUAAUGAUCCCGCAAGUGUUGCCCAAUCAAGGGCUGCAAAGAUGGAUGCUAAUUCUCGGGAUACAGCAAAUCGCCUUAGACGGGCAAUGGAGAGUGGUCCAUCAGUGUCUACGCGGGUUGCGGAUUACAUACGCUCGUUGCCAUAUGUCUAUGAUUUAUCCGCAGAAACACGUGAUACCCUGAAUCUCUCAGGAAGUUUCAAACUUCGACUUCCUGUUGGCACGGACUUCAAACAAUUUCCCUUGUGGGAUCAUGUCAAGUUCCCCGUGCCGUCCAAGCCACCUUCCUCAGUUUUGGAUGCACCGCUUGUCAAAAUUUCCUCCUUGGAUCCGAUUGGUCAGCGCAUAUUUGAAGGUAUGGAACAACUGAAUCUAAUCCAGUCCAUCGUCUACCCGGUGGCCUACAAUACACCCCAAAAUCUGUUGGUUUCUGCUCCAACUGGCGCUGGUAAAACUAACGUCGCUCUUUUGACCAUAGCACAACUUCUUCGAUCGCAUUUGACAGCUGAUUCCGUACUGGAUCUGAAGGCAUUCAAGAUAGUCUACUUAGCUCCAAUGAAGGCACUCGCCGCCGAAAUCACAGCCACGUUCUCCAAACGUCUGGCGCCCCUAGGGCUGAAAGUGCGCGAAUGCACUGGAGAUAUGCAGCUCACCAAACAGGAAAUUAUGGAAACUCAGAUACUAAUCAGCACUCCAGAGAAAUGGGAUGUAAUUUCCCGCAAGGGUUCUGGUGAUGCAACUCUAGUCAAACUAGUCAAGCUCUUGAUUAUCGAUGAAAUACAUCUAUUACACGAGGAUCGCGGGGCGGUCAUCGAAGUUCUGGUUGCCCGGACGUUGAGACAAGUCGAAACUUCACAAACCAUGAUCCGCUUGGUUGGUCUAUCUGCAACCCUGCCCAACUAUCUGGACGUGGCCCAUUUCUUACACGUCGAUCCGUACUGCGGUCUGUUUUACUUUGACGAGCGAUUUCGCCCGGUCCCACUGCGCAUGUCUUUCAUUGGAGUGCGCGGUUCUGUUCGCAAAACACAAGAAAUCAACAUGAAUACGGCCUGCUACGAGUCCGUACUGGAACAGCUGCGAGAAGGACACCAAGUGAUGGUCUUUGUACAUGCUCGGGGCGAUACGUUCAGAACGGCUCGUUGGCUUCGAGAUCAGGCGCGGCAGCUGCAACAGAUUCACUACUUCUCCACGAAAACAGACAUUCCCCCUGGGUUAUUAAAGCGGAUUGAGCGGUCGGGUGACACGGCUCUUCGAGAAAUGAUUCCGGACGGAUUUGCAUGCCAUCAUGCUGGCAUGCUUCGCGCGGACCGCUCCCUUGUAGAGCGUAUGUUUUCCGAAGGACACAUUCGUGUACUGGUAUGCACAGCGACUUUGGCCUGGGGUGUGAACCUGCCUGCGCACGCUGUAAUAAUCAAAGGCACACGUGUUUACAAGGCUGAAAAAUCAGACUUCACAGAUUUGGACGUGUUGGACAUUUUCGGUCGUGCUGGCAGACCACAAUUCGACACCUUGGGGGAAGCCCUCAUCAUUACUUCCAUGGAUAAAUUAGACCACUAUCUUCGUGUGAUUACCAAUCAGCAUGCGAUUGAAAGCACCUUGCUGCUUAAUCUACAGGACCAUCUGAAUGCGGAGAUUGCACUGGGGACCAUAUCUAAUAUUGAUGAUGCGAUUAACUGGUUGAAAUACACUUACCUGUUCGUCCGUUUGACGGCAAACCCGAUGCAUUAUGGAGUUCCGGCUAGCUCAGUAGAGAAUGACCCAGUUCUUGUUGACUAUUUGGAUCGGGCUGUGCGUGCUAGUGCUCUGUCGCUAGAUGAAGCCGAAAUGAUUCGUUAUGAACCUGGUACGGGUCAGCUGGCUUCCACUGAUCGCGGGCGCACUGCUAGUCUAUUCUACAUUCGGUUCAGCACUGCAGCCAAGGUCCGUGAUUUGCUUGAACCAAACAUGAUGGUAGCCCAGCUGUUCUCAUUGCUUAGCGAAGCUUCAGAAUUUGGUGCCAUGAAGGUGCGUGAUGAGGAGGGAAGUGAGUUGAACGAUUUGAAGGCCGCUGUUUGUCGCGUCCCGAUCCAAAAAGCUGGAAAUGUGGAUUCGGAUGUCCCAGCGAAAGUCAACGCACUGUUGCAAGGUUAUAUCAGUCGGCACAAUCCUAGCUGUCAUUCGCUUCAGUCUGAUAUGUUCUAUAUACAUCAGAAUGCCGGGAGACUUGUUCGUUAUUUGUUCGAACUAUCACUUCGUCAGGGCUGGUCGAACUGUGCGUACACAACUCUGCAGUUGGCUCGUAUGAUUGAACAACGCCAGUGGGAUUGCCAAACACCUUUGUGGCAGUUUUCAGAGUCAACCUCCUUCCGACUACUUGAACGAGUGGAUGAAUUGGGACUAUCACUGGAUCGCCUACGCGAAACUGCUGUGGAUGAGUUAACUCAUUUGCUGCGCUACCGUGGUAAGGAGGGUGCUCGUGAGGUCUCCACUUUGGCGGCUCUGGUGCCUCGGAUUCAGGUGGCUGCCGAAACUCAACCUGUCACUCGGACCAUUCUGCGUGUUCGUCUCACACUGCAACCGGACUUCACGUGGUCCGAUCGUUCGCAUGGAGUGCAGCAGAACUUCUGGAUUUGGAUUGAAGAUCCUGCACAGGGCUUUAUUUACCAUUCAGAGUACUGGACAUUGACAAAGCGAAUGUUCAAGUCAAAGGAGCCAAUUUGCGUAUCUGCAACCAUCCCGAUAUUUGAACCAUUCCCUGCGCAGUAUUUGGUUCGCGUACUUAGUGACCAAUGGCUCGGUGCUGACGCAAUGUGCCCGAUCUCUUUCAAGCGGCUAAUGUUGCCCCCGUCUGACCCGCCCCACACAGAUCUACUUCGCCUUGAGCCUCUCCCAGUUUGCGCGCUUCAGAAUAGCCGGUACGAGCUGCUCUAUUCUUUCACACACUUCAACCCGAUUCAAACUCAGCUAUUCCACACACUCUACCACCAAGAUGUAAACGUGCUUCUGGGUGCACCGACGGGUUCUGGAAAAACUGUGGCUGCUGAGUUGGCUUUCUUUCGUAUGUUUAAUCAGACUCCGACGAAAAAAUGUGUAUACAUCGCCCCACUGAAGGCACUCGUACGUGAACGGAUGGAGGACUGGAGUGUUCGAAUUGGUCAAAAGCUAGGAAAGCGUGUGGUGGAACUUACUGGGGAUGUGACACCGGAUAUCCUACAGUUAAUGAAAGCAGACCUCAUAGUCACCACUCCAGAGAAAUGGGAUGGUAUAUCUCGAUCUUGGCAGCAGCGUGCAUACGUCCGUCAUAUUGGUCUGAUUGUUAUAGACGAGAUUCAUCUUCUUGGGGAAGAACGUGGACCAGUACUGGAGGUUCUUGUCUCGCGUGCCAACUAUAUCGCUAGUCAACUUGGCCAAACCGUACGCAUCGUCGGGCUGUCCACUGCCCUGUCCAACGCUCCAGACUUGGCCGCUUGGCUUCGUGUGCCUACCACAAUGACAUCCAUAGCGGAAGUGGCGAUUGGGCUUAAUUGCGGCACCGCGCUCAUCGGACGCGGUUUGUUCAAUUUUAGACCAUCUGUUCGGCCUGUCCCCUUAGAAGUUCAUAUUCAAGGAUUUCCAGGUCGACACUACUGUCCUCGCAUGGCUACCAUGAACAAACCAAUCUAUCUCGCUAUCAACAGCCAUUCACCUAAUAAACCAGUUUUGGUGUUUGUGUCCAGUCGGCGUCAAACUCGACUCACGGCACUUGACUUGGUCAGCUACGUUGCUGCUUCGGGAGAUACAAGAAAGUGGCUUCAUAUGGACCCAAAUGAGAUGGAUGCAAUUUCUGAAACUAUUCAUGACUCAAACCUGCGGUUAACUUUGUCAUUUGGUAUCGGGCUACAUCAUGCAGGGUUACAAUCUCGCGAUCGUUCAGUCGUUGAAGAACUCUUUGUGAAUGAGAAAAUCCAGAUACUAAUCUCCACCGCUACCCUGGCAUGGGGUGUAAAUUUUCCAGCGCAUUUGGUCAUUGUCAAGGGCACAGAGUACUACGAUGGACAGACCAAGCGUUACGUGGACUAUCCUAUCACUGAUGUGCUCCAAAUGAUGGGUCGUGCCGGUAGGCCCCAAUUCGACAAUCAAGGAAAGGCGGUUAUCAUGGUUGAAGACAGCAAAAAAGCUUUCUAUAAACGAUUUUUGUACGAACCUUUCCCAGUGGAGAGUUUCUUACCUCAAGCAUUCGCUGAUCACCUAAAUGCGGAGAUAGUGGCGGGUACUUUUGCUUCUGACCAACCGGGUGAUUUUGUCAGUACGGAGCUUGGUCGCUUGGCAUCGUUCUACUACCUAUCCCACAAGACAGCACGCUUGUUUUCUGAGAAACUUGAGCCCAAUUUGACAGUACACGACCUGUUACAAAUUUUGGCGAAUGCCAACGAGUACGCACUUUUACCGGUUCGUCAUAACGAAGACGAAAUGAAUCGUCAGUUGGCAGGGGUCUUGCCGUUGAAACCAAUCGGUUCUUUUGAAUGUCCUCACACUAAGGCACAUUUAUUGCUUCAAGCACACUUUACGCGACUCGCGGAGUUGCCAGUUGCAGACUACGUGACCGAUACAAGGUCUGUAUUGGAUCAGGCAUCUCGGAUUCUGCAGGCUAUGCUUGAUGCGUGUGCACAAUGCGGCUGGCUCAUGAGCAGUUUAAAUUGCUUGCUUCUCAUGCAGAUGGUUACUCAAGGGAUUUGGGUUGAAGAUGUGGGAAGCAGUCUCCUACAGCUGCCGGGAAUCCAUCCAUCAAACUUGACGUUGUUCCAACGUACGGAUCAGUCAUACAUCACUUGCCUCCCGGAAUUAAUUGAUUGUGUGUUGUCGGAUCCAGGAUGGCUAGAUCGUGCCCUCUCAGAGUCCCUCCGCCCACACGUACUGUCUUCCAUAAAGCAGACGCUGAAUCGAUUCCCUUUGAUUGAACUGACCAUGUGGUUGGUUGGUCCAGACCCAUCAAAUUCUCGUACUCAACGGUUGUGUCGUGAGGUUCUCCUGGACAAUGAAGGAAAAUCAACUCACACGCUAGGCGUGUUCGCUGAAACUGACUACGUGCUUCGCGUGAGACUAACACGUAUAAACCCAGUUGGGCGUGGAAGGCAUCUGUUGGCAAGUUCAUCAUCCCUAGUCAAAGCCAAGACAGAGGGCUGGGUGGUUGUUCUGGGAGAUCCAGAGGUCAGUCGUUCGCAAGGUGGUUACCUCAUGGCAUUAAAGCGUGUUUCACCCAAUCCGGUCAGAGGAAAAGGUUCAUCCAGUCAAAUUCCCCAUUCCAGUUGGACAACGAAUCUUGCGUUUCGUUUUCCAGCCCUACGUUCCAAGUCAUAUUCUGGAUUCCAGUCGUCAGAACGACGCAUGCUUACGUUGUUCCUGAUGUCUACAUCAUAUCUGGGCCUAGAUCAGCAAGUAUUUCUUUCACUGGACAUUAUUUGUCGGGAGGAUGAAAAUGACGAUGGAUAUUCGAAUCACUAGUCUGUGUUUGCUGCCCAUAACUUAGUUACUUUCUCACCCUCCCUCCCCAAACAGCCAACUAUUUUUACACUUUUUCUUUGGGAUUAUUGGGUCUUUCCUUGGACGUGCCUAUGGCUUAUGCAUUUUUGCGAUAAGAGAUCACACUAACACCCUAUGCCAAAGCUUUCUCAAUGACUUUUCUCAUGUUGGCACUUGUUAUGCGGUUAGGUUCG